AUGUUUAGAGUAGUUAAGAGUAUAUUUAGAGGUAGUAAGGUAUAUAUAGGUUGGGGUAUAUAUACAUUUACAAAUUCAUCAUUUAAGAUAUAUAAAGCAUUAAAUGAUGAAUUUCAAGUUGAACCAGAUUGUUUACAAACAAAAGCAAGAGUUUUUUAUAUUUCUGGAUUUAUUGUUAUUUGUUUACAUAUUUUUGUUGCAGGUACGGUGCUUGGUCAAGCGGUACCCCCGAAGGGCGUUCCCUUAGUUAUUUAUAAAUUUUUGAAAAGGAUAAUUAUAUCCAAGACAAUAAAAGGUAGUAGACUUAAACUUAAAGCCGAAGAGCUGCAGAUUGCGGCCAAAGCACUUCAAGAUAAGGCCACCAAUGAGAAAGUUAAUAUACAUACUCAAGCCGGCACUCUAGCCUCUUCAGCCCAAACUCUAGCCGAAAAUACACCUCCCCAGGCUUUUGUUAAUGCCGACACUGUAAUAGACAAAUUCGACGAACUGGAAGAUGCAUACAAUCAACUAAGUACAAGUAGUCCUGUUGACCAGGCUAAGGUAGAGAAGGAAUUUAAUACUGUCAAACACAUAUAUGAUACUAUGAUCAAUGUUAAGAAAGCCAAAAAACUUCAAGAACAAGUUGGUACCCAGGAUGGUAAAGGUGGUUCUGAUCAAAAGAUAUGGUAUUAUGCCAACGAACUAUAUGGUAAAGCCAACAUACUAGCCGGUGCCGAAAAACUUAAAGCUCCAGAAGCUCAAGAUGGUGAAGAUCCUACUAAAGAACUCAAACAUCUUGCCGAAAAACUUCGCGAUGCCGUAGGACAAAAUGACAACUCUGGUCUCCAAAAGGCCCUCAGUGAACUCUCUACUGCUCGAGAAAGUAAUCCCAAGGACUUAAUUCCCAUGGCCAAAGAUGUAAUAGAUAAAUACAACUCAGUCAAAGAAGCCUACGAAAAGGUCAAGGCACAAGCAAGUGAAUAUACUAAAGCUCUUACUAAAACUGGUGAAACAAGUAAAUACACCAAUGUUAAAUCUGCUUUCCAAGCACUUGAAAGUGCCUACAACCUUGGAAAGUGUAAGGAUAUCACUCCUAUUUUUGACAAAGAGUAUAUUGAUAUCCAAACCAGUAUUGUUUCUGAUAGACUCACUUCUAAAGCCACAGAAAUAGAGUCUAAGGCCCAAGCACUUAGAACCACUGCCGAACGUCAAUCUACCACUGAACUAGCCGACAAUAGGAACAAUGACAUCAAUAGCACUACAAAUAAACUUGGUAGUGAACUCCCUACUAAAGCCACAACACUAAAGAGUAAGGCCGAAAAGCUUUACAAUGCAGCUCAACGACUAGAAGAGACUGCUGAGGACCCUAGUCCACUUGCUGAUCUUAAAAAUCAUGCCGAAGAACUUGCUACAGCAGCCAAGAAAGAUACUACUAGUGAUGGUCUAUUCUAUGCUGCACAGGCACUAGAAUCUGGUGGUGGUGAUAGUCUUGAAGAUAAGGCCACUAAGGUCAUAACUAAGUUUGACAAGGUCCAACGUGCAUACACCGCACUAAUGACUAAAGCUAAACAAAUUGGUAAACAAGGUCAUUCUGAGGUCAACUCUGUUGAAAAUGAAUACACUGAACUGAAGGAACAUUAUGAUGGGAUGUUAAACCUUACCAAACUCUCCAAGAUGGCCAAAGAUCUUACUGGUACACUUCAAGGUCCAGCCACUACUCUAGCCUCUAGUGUCAAAGAACUACGUGAUAACACUGAUGGUAACGAUUAUCCUAAGGCCCAAACUGUAAUACAAAACUACGAAAAGGUAGAAUCUGCAUACACCUCACUAGGUGAUAAGCAAAGUGUUAAGGAUAAGUUUGAGGCUCUCAAGACGCUUUACGACAAGAUAUUUAAGUUCACCAAGGUCAAGUACUACUCCGAACAACUUGAAGGUGCAGCCGAUCCUAGCGGUGAUGCCGAGAAGGUAAUUACCUUCUUCAACUCAGUCGUUGUUGCCUACAACGCACUAGGUGAGACUGAACAGAAACAUGUUAAAGAUCAAUUCACUGAACUUCAAACUGAGUAUUCCAAUGGUAUAUAUAAAUAUAAGUUCCAUAUCCUAACUAUUCCUUUCAUGGUUACCAAUUGGUUAAACUUUCUCAGAUAUGUAUUCAUGGGUAGUUGGGGCGUCUAUCACGAAAAGGUCUGUAAAGGUACUGGUAAUGAACAACCUGGACGUACUGGUUGUCCAAAACCUGAAGAUUCUGCUACUGAGACUGUCAAUAGUAUUAAACUAGAACUCACUAAUAGUACUAGUGACAUUACUCAUAAAAUAAUCCUCAAUGGUACUGGUAGUAGUGGUACUGUAAGUACUUCCAAAGCUAUCACUCUAGCCAGUGGUGGUGAUGUUACCCUAACCAUCAAUCUUCCUGGUGGUGAAAUAAAACUCAGCAAACUAACCAUCAGUGGUACUAAUCUGACCAUCCAAGGUGGUACUUCCAGGGUAUCUGUUACCAAAAAGUCAAAUCCUUGGGUUACCGGUACGCCUGUUAAACUCCACUCUAGCAAUGGUGCCACCCUUACCGGCACCACACUGACUAUCAACAAACAAGAUCCUGGUGGUAAAGAAGCAACCAUUACUGGUAGUCCAUCUGGUGGUAAUGUUGAACUAAAUUACAGCACCGGUAGUGGCACUAUAGAAAUCAGUGGCACUGCCAUCACAGCUCUUGAAGGCAAAUUUAUUCCUGACGAACUACAUGACAAGCACAAAGAACAGAAGUGCUGUAUCUAUUCUAAACAGUAUACCUGGCAAGACUCCGCUAAUACUUAUGUUGUCUGGUGGAAUAUAUUUAAUAUUCUUAUGCCACUUCAGAUCUGUCUAGCUGCAAUAUUCAUAUAUUCACUUAAUAACAGAGAAUAUCAUAGCUACUUAUUGAGUUGUUCUUCUUCCAAUGCAGCUGGUUGA